AUGAGCAGUGUUAUUGUACCCGCAGCCAGUCCUCGCCUGAGGCUAGGAUGGAUAGGUUUGGGCUCCAUGGGGCUGGGCAUGGCGACCAACCUACAAAAGCACCUUUCGCAGUCGGGCGCGCCGAAUCUCAGUUUCUACAAUCGCACCAAGUCCAGGGGUGCAGCCCUGGAAACCUUGGGUGGUGUUUCUCUCAGCCUUGAUGAGCUUACCGCGAAAUCUGACAUCAUCUUCUUGUCUCUAAGCGAUGGAAAUGCGGUUGAAACAGUGCUAAACACAAUACUAGAGUCAAAUGGUGCGACUAUCCCUUUUGACAAGAAAGUCGUUGUCGAUACCUCGAGCAUUCAUCCCAAAAUUUCAGCUCAAGUGAGAUCGAGGUUGAGAGAAAAGGGUGCCGAGUACGUCGCGGCUCCUGUCCUUGGUGCCAGCCCCGUAGCCGCAAAGGGACAACUUUUGUGGAUAUUGGCAGGGGCAAAGGCUGCCAUCGACGUCGUCAACCCGUACAUUGUCGGGGUGAUGGGUAGAGGGAUCUUGAGACUCGGAGAUGAUGUGCGGCUCGCAAGCAGUCUGAAAGCUGUUGCAAAUUCACUUGGAAUCGGUAUGAUAGAGGUCAUUGCUGAGGCUCACGUCCUUGCGGAGAAGGCUGGAUUAGGGGUUGCCGACGUCGAGAACUUGAUCCAGCAGCAGCACGGCUUGCCAGGGCUCAUGAUCUCGCAGCGUCUGACCACCGGGGCGUACAUGCCACCACGAGGCGAAAGACCGUGGGCAGAUGUUGGUCUUGCGGUUCUAGGCGGGCAAGAGAUUCAGACUGCUGCGACGGAUUUGGGAGUGCAACUCGGUGUGUCUUCGCUUGUUAUGAAGAACCUGGAGGUGGCGAAAGCGUACGGCGAGUCGGUUGGCCGGCAGCUGGACGUCUCUGCGCUUUAUGGUGCGGUGAGGAUGUCGAAUGGGCUUCCUUUUGAGACAGAGUUUGUGAAGAAGAGAGACGGUUCUUCUUGA